AUUAUCAACAUUCUGUUUUAACCAAUUCAAUGACACGCAAGUCAUUGCAUCUAAGAUAGUCGCGCAAGCAUGUCGUACAUACUAACCGGACUUGCAAUUUUGGUCGCAUUUUUCUAUUUAUACUUUAACAAAAAGUACCGCUACUGGAAGGACAGAAAUGUGGUGACCCCGACACCACAAUGGCCGUUCGGCAACAUCAGAGAGACUGUCUUACGACGGACCACACCCGCGGAAUACUACACGGAGUUAUACGAAGCUUUUCCUGAUGAGAAGGUGGUCGGGAUCUACCGCAUGUGGGCGCCGUGCCUCGUGCUGCGCCACCCUGACGUCAUCCAGCACGUGCUGGUCAAGGACUUCGACCUGUUCGUGGGGCGCGGCGUGGAGUUCGAGAAGCAGGGGCUCGGCCAGAACCUGUUCCACGCGGACGGCGACACCUGGCGCGUGCUGCGGACCAAGUUCUCUCCCAUAUUCACCUCGGGGAAGCUCAAGCAGAUGAUGUAUUUGCUCAACGAACGAGCGGACAAGUUCAUAGAGAGACUAGAAGUCUCAGUGGCCGCGUCCCAAGAGCAGGAAGUCUACUUCACUGUGCAAAAGUUCACGAUAAGCAGCAUAUCGUCGGUCGCGUUCGGCCUGGAGCUGGACCUGUCGGAGCUGGAUACACCUGGGAAUGUUUUCGACCGGAUGAACCGCCUCAUCUUCACCACCAACUACGCGCAGGACCUCGACUUCGCGUUCCCGGGGCUGCUGAAGACGCUCAGCAUGUCGUUAUUCCCGAAGCCAGUUAAAGAUUUCUUCUACGGAAUGGUGCGGCGAGUGAUGGAGGAGAGGAACGGAGAGCCGUCGGGGAGGAACGACUUUAUGGACCUACUGCUGGAGAUGAAAGAGAAGAAGAUACACGGCGUGAAGAAGCACGAGGGAGACAAAGAGCGCAGUGUCGUGAUAGACGAGGACGUGAUGGCGGCGCAGGCAUUUGUUUUCUACGUGGCGGGGUACGAGACUAGUGCGUCCACCACCGCCUUCCUGCUGCGACUGUUGGCUCUACACCCGGAGAUACAGCAGAGGGUUUAUGAAGAGAUCCAACGCGUUACCACCUCACUGCCCGGGCCUCUCACAUACGAGAGUCUCAAACAGAUGACGUAUCUAAAACAAGUGAUAGACGAGACGCUACGAAUGUUCCCUCUGGUGGACCCGUUGCAACGAGUACUCAGUACGGGCGGGUACCGAGUGCCGGGUACUGAUGUGACCCUAGAUGAGGGGUCGCUGGUGCUGGUGCCGGUGCGCGGGCUGCACUACGACCCGCGGUACUACCCCGACCCACACACAUUCGACCCGGACAGGUUCAGCCCAGAGAAUGUCAAGUUGCGCCACCCGUGUGUCUAUCUGCCGUUCGGCACGGGACCCAGGAACUGUAUAGGCAUGCGUUUCGCGGAGGUGCAGACGAAGCUGGCGGUGGUGCGUUUGCUGCAGAGGUUCAGGUUCGAAACCUCACCCAAGACCAAGGCCCAGAUCGACUUCGACCCCAUGAAGGCGCUGCCGGCUGACAGACAUGGAAUCUUCUUGAAUAUCGUGCCGAGAGUGUGAAUUGUUGAAGUUUAAGUAACGCUAUAAUAUUGUUGUUUUGGUGUCGUUUUGCACUUGUAAAUCUUUAUCAAUGUUGUGUAAGUUUAAAAUAUAAUAAUAGAAUUGUUACUGUUAAUUUCAA